AGAAAAAACUAGAGAGAGACAAACCAAAAGGACCUUCGUCAUCAUCUUCAAUGGUGGUUGCCUUAAAAUAUCGAAUAAUAGUCAAAACUUCAUCUAAUGCUAUCCGCGUAAAAUCGACCUCUUAAUCUUCUAUUCCAGGAACUUUCAUUCAUUCAUAUUCGAACUUUUUUCCUCUUAUAAAACCCACGAUCGAACCCUCUACUUUUCAUUUCAUAUUUUCAAGAACUGAACUUGAAACCGUCUCCAUAACCAACCACCACAUAGACCUUUUGGGUACUCAUUUUCUUCUCCGUCUAUAUCUCUAACCUCUUCUCUCAACUGGGUCUCUCUCAGAACCAUGGUUCGGUGUAGCAACAACUUGAUCGGUAUCCUCAAUGUCGUCACAUUCGUACUCUCCAUCCCGAUCAUAAUCGGUGGAGUAUGGCUGAGAAACCAAGGCGAUAGCGAUUGCGAGAAGUUUCUGGACACCCCUGUAAUCGUUCUUGGGGUUUUUCUCAUGCUUGUAUCCCUUGCUGGAAUCAUUGGGGCUUUCUGCAGAGUUUCAUGGCUUCUCUGGGUUUACCUACUCGUCAUGUUUCUACUCAUUGUUGCCCUCUUCUGCCUCACCAUUUUUGCCUUCGUUGUCACCAACAAAGGCGCCGGAAGAGUCGUCUCCGAGCGGGGUUAUAAGGAGUAUAGGCUUGGUGAUUACUCCAACUGGUUGCAGAAAAGGGUCAACAGUGCUAAGAACUGGAACAAAAUCAAGAGCUGUCUUAUGGAUGGCAAAGUCUGCUCUUCCUUCUCUCAGAAGCAUCUCAACGAAACUGUCGCAGAGUUUUAUAAAGAGAAUUUGAAUGCUCUUCAGUCUGGUUGCUGUAAGCCAGCUGAUGAAUGUGGCUUUACCUAUGUGAGCCCUACGGAAUGGACAGGGUCUGUAACUACCCAGACCAACCCUGACUGCAGUGCGUGGAAAAACGACCCGACUGUUCUGUGCUUUAAUUGCCAGUCAUGCAAGGCUGGACUGCUGGACAACCUUAAGGGUAACUGGAAGAAGGUGGCCGUGGUUAACAUUGUGUUCCUCAUAUUCCUCAUUAUUGUUUACUCUGUUGGCUGCUGCGCGUUCAGGAACAACAGGAACGACAACUCUUACUGGAAGCGAUAAGAGGCUUGGCUGGUUUAGUUAUUAGGAUGUAGAUUGCUUAGGCAAAAACUUCACUGGUUGGGUGAAUUCUAUGCUUAAGUAACCAUUUUGUUUGUUCUUGUCUUGUAAAGCUUUGUACUUACUAUGCUUUCUCUAUUACUUCAGACCAUAUUUCUUGUAUUAAAGUUUGUUAUGUGAGUGGAGUUUAUUCUAUGUUGAUAUUUUAAAUUUUGGCUCAUUUUUCA